AUGGAUGAGAACAGGAGAGGAGCGAAAAUUGGUUUCAGUGGCUGUCCAUACGGUGAGAUUCGGAAGCAGGGUCUUCAGCAUUACGAAAGAGGCGCACAUGUGACCAGUUUUGGUCUGAUAAAACAGACUUCUUUGAGACGGUACGGCCAUGGAAUAUGGUUGCUGAGGCCGCACAGGUGCCCAAUCCAUGAGGCUGACUCCAAGGAUAAUUCUAAGGAUGAGGAUGUUAAUGUGGAUGAGGAAAAACAGACUGAAAUCCCUAAUGAGAACAUGGACGAAGAAGACGAAAUUAAAGAAGAAAACAACAAAUCGGAAAAUGAGGCUGACUCUCAGGAUAAUUCUAAGGAUGAGGAUGUUAAUGUGGAUGAGGAAAAACAGACUGAAAUCCCUAAUGAGAACAUGGACGAAGAAGAGGAAAUUAAAGAAGAAAACAACAAAUCGGAAAGUGAACAUUAG